AUGCCCCUCUUCAGCUUCUUUUUUCAAUGCCUGCCCCGCUUGGUCCCCUUCCAGGACAUUCAGGAGGUACAGGGCUACGUGCUCAUCGCCCACAACCAGAUGCAGCAGGUCCCACUGCACAGGCUGAGAAUCGUGCGGGGCACCCAACUCUUCCUGGACAAGUUUGCCCUGGCCGUGUUGGACAACGGAGACACAUCCGACCCUGCCACUCCUGCCCCGGGGGCUGUCCCUGGGGGGCUGCAGGAGCUACAGCUGCGAAGCCUCACAGAGAUCCUGAAGGGAGGCGUCCAGAUCCUGCGGAACCCCCAGCUUUGCUACCAGGAGACCAUUCUGUGGAAAGACAUCUUCCACAAGAACAACCAGCUGCCCCAGGAGAUGGUCGAUAGCAACCAUUCCCGGGCCUGCAGGCCCUGUUCCCCAGCUUGUAAAGUCUCCCGCUGCUGGGGGGAAAGUCCCAAGGACUGUCAGAGAUUGACCCGCACCAUCUGUGCCGGUGGCUGUGCCCGCUGCAAGGGCCCGCUGCCCACGGACUGCUGCCAUGAGCAGUGUGCGGCCGGCUGCACGGGCCCCAAGCACUCCGACUGCCUGGCCUGCCUGCACUUCAACCACAGUGGCAUCUGUCAGCUGCAGUGCCCGUCCCUGUUCACCUAUAACACGGACACCUUCGAGUCAGUGCUAAACCCAGAGGGCCGCUACAUCUUUGGUGCCAGCUGCGUGACCACCUGUCCCUACAACUACCUGUCUACGGAUGCAAGCUCCUGCACCCUGGACUGUCCCCUGAACAGCCAAGAGGUGACAGCGGAGGAUGGCACCCAGCAGUGUGAGAAAUGCAACAAGCCCUGUGCCCAAGUGUGCUACGGCCUGGGCCGGGAACACUUGCGGGAGGUGAGGGCGGUCACCAGUGCCAAUAUCCAGGAGUUUGCUGGCUGCAAGAAGAUCUUUGGGAGCCUGGCUUUUCUACCGGAGAGCUUUGCGGGGGACCCAGCCUCCAACACACCCCCGCUGCAGCCUGAGCAGCUCAGAGUGUUCGAGACACUUCAAGAGCUCACAGGUUACCUGUACAUCUCAGCGUGGCCAGAUAGCCUGUCCGACCUCAGUGCCUUCCAGAACCUUCGAGUCAUCCGGGGACGAGCUCUGCACGACGGCGCCUACUCGCUGACCCUGCAAGGGCUGGCCAUCAGCUGGCUGGGGCUGCGCUCGCUGCGGGAGCUGAGCAGCGGGCUGGCCCUCAUCCACCGCAACGCCCGGCUCUGCUUCGUCCACACGGUGCCCUGGGACCAGCUCUUCCGGAACCCUCACCAGGCCCUGCUGCACACUGCCAACCGGCCCGAGGCCGAGUGCGUGGGCCAGGGCCUGGCCUGCUACCCCCUGUGCGCCCACGGCCACUGCUGGGGUCCAGGGCCCACCCAGUGUGUCAACUGCAGCCAGUACCUGCGGGGCCACGAGUGCGUGGAGGAAUGCCGAGUUCUUCAGGGGCUCCCCCGGGAGUAUGUGAAGGACAGACACUGUCUGCCGUGCCACCCUGAGUGUGUGCCCCAGAAUGGCUCCGAAACCUGCUUCGGAUUGUUCCCGGAUGAGGAGGGCACGUGCCAGCCUUGCCCCACCAACUGCACCCACUCCUGUGUGGACCUGGACGAGAAGGGCUGCCCCGCUGAGCAGAGACCCAGCCACGUGACGUCCAUCAUCACCACUGUGGUGGGCGUGCUGCUGCUGCUGGUCUUGGGGCUCUUGCUGUUCGCUGUCGUCAAGCGGCGGCGGCAGAAGAUCAGGCCGGGCACUGACCACUGCCCGCUUCCCCAGCUGGUGGAGCCGCUGACACCCAGCGGGGUGAUGCCCAACCAGGCUCAGAUGCGGAUCCUGAAGGAGACAGAGCUGAGGAAGGUGAAGGUGCUUGGAUCUGGAGCCUUCGGCACGGUCUACAAGGGCAUAUGGGUUCCUGAUGGGGAGAAUGUGAAAAUCCCAGUGGCCAUCAAAGUGUUGAGGGAAAACACGUCCCCGAAAGCCAACAAGGAAAUCCUGGAUGAAGCGUACGUGAUGGCUGGUGUGGGCUCUCCAUACGUGUCCCGCCUCCUGGGCAUUUGCCUGACCUCCACGGUGCAGCUGGUGACCCAGCUCAUGCCCUAUGGCUGCCUCCUGGACCACGUCCGUGAGCACCGGGGACACCUGGGCUCCCAGGAUCUGCUCAACUGGUGCGUGCAGAUUGCCAAGGGGAUGAGCUACCUGGAGGAAGUGCGGCUUGUGCACAGGGACCUGGCCGCCCGGAACGUGCUGGUGAAGAGCCCCAACCACGUGAAGAUCACGGACUUCGGGCUGGCGCGGCUGCUGGACAUUGACGAGACCGCGUACCAUGCGGACGGGGGCAAGGUGCCCAUCAAGUGGAUGGCGUUAGAGUCCAUUCUCCACCGGCGGUUCACCCACCAGAGUGAUGUGUGGAGCUACGGUGUGACUGUGUGGGAGCUGAUGACUUUUGGGGCCAAACCUUAUGAUGGGAUCCCAGCCCGGGAGAUCCCUGACCUGCUGGAGAAGGGGGAACGGCUACCCCAGCCUCCCAUCUGCACUAUUGAUGUCUACAUGAUCAUGGUCAAAUGUUGGAUGAUUGACUCUGAGUGCCGGCCGAGGUUCCGGGAGUUGGUGUCCCAAUUCUCCCGCAUGGCCAGGGACCCCCAGCGCUUUGUGGUCAUUCAGAAUGAGGACCUGGGCCCAACCAGCCCUUUGGACAGCUCCUUCUACCGCUCGCUGUUGGAGGAUGAGGACAUGGGGGACCUAGUGGAUGCCGAGGAGUACCUGGUGCCCCAGCAGGGCUUCUUCUGUCCAGAUCCCGCUCCCAGUGCAGGCGCCCCGGCCUCCUGCAGGCACCGCAGCUCAUCCACCAGGAGUGGUGGUGGUGAGCUGGCCCUGGGGCUGGAGCCCUCCAAUGAGGCGCCCCCGCGGUCGCCCCUGGCACCCUCGGAAGGGACAGGUUCCGAUGUGUUUGACGGCGACCUGGUCAUGGGGGCAGCCAAGGGGCUGCAGAGCCUUCCCUCGCAUGACCCCAGUCCUCUGCAGCGGUACAGCGAGGACCCCACAGGAACGCACACACCUGAGACGGAUGGCUACGUCGCCCCCCUGACUUGCAGUCCCCAGCCUGAAUACGUGAACCAGCCCCGGGUUCGGCCACAGCCCCCCUCUCCCCUAGAGGUCCCUCGGCCGCCUUCCCACCCUGCUGGUGCCACUCUGGAAAGACCCAAGACGCUCUCCCCCAAGACUCUCUCCCCUGGGAAGAAUGGAGUUGUCCGAGAUGUUUUUGCUUUUGGGGGUGCUGUGGAGAACCCUGAAUACUUGGCACCCCGGACUGGGGCUGCCCCUCCACCCCACUCUCCCCGCGCCUUCAGCCCAGCCUUUGACAACCUCUAUUACUGGGACCAGGACCCAUCGGGGCGGGGCUCGCCACCCAGCACUUUCGAAGGGACCCCGACAGCAGAGAACCCGGAGUACUUAGGUCUGGACGCGCCAGUGUGAGGCCAAAGGCCAAGUCAGCUGAAGCCCCGCUGUACCUCAGGGAAUGGGCAAGGCUGGACUUCCGGCCCACAUCAGGACGAGGCGGAAGAGGGCCCCCAGACCGCCUGCGUCCAAAGGAGCCCGCCAUGCUGAGAAUCGGUCCUAAGGAACCUUCUUAUCCACAUUCCAAAGUGGCUGAGAAGGAGCCUGGCUGGAAGGGUGGGGCGCCCUGGGUGCUCUUGCUUGCUGUUUACUUUUUGAGCCCUGCCCCAGCAUCCCUUAGGGGCCAACAGGUACCACAGGCUGCGGCAGCAGCCCCUCUAAGCCCUCUUCCAGAUCCCGGUCUGGAAGGACGAGGGAAGCUAAGCCUCGGAGCUGGAAGAGGACCCCAGAGGAUGAGGAGAGGGGCUUCCUAAGUGACCUUCAGAGACUUCCCUGAGACCAGCUCUGCUGCCCGUGCUGCCCGGGAGCAACUGCGUCCGUCCAGAAACCACUUCCUGUACAGAUUGCUUGUUUUUACUUCUGUGGGUUUUUUUUGUUUUGUUUUGUUUUUUUAAGAUAAAAUAAGAGCCUAGGGGAAUAGGUACUGUGUAGAAGGCGGGUCCCUGGGGUUGGGAAGGGAUGUGCCCCUUCUCCACACACCCCUUCUCCAUUUGCAAAUAUAUUUUGGAAGACAGCUGAGGCCCAGCCUUUA